AUGUGGCCUUCAGCCAGCAGGAACAACAACACUAGUUGUUCCCGUUCACCUUCAAAAUCAAAAUCUACCUCCUCCACUUCUUCAUCUCCGGCACCUUUCUUUCCAUCUUAUUCUUCUCCAACCAGAACAACCAUGGAAGAAGUUUGGAGAGAUAUCAGCUUAUCUUCUCUGGACGACCAUUCCAACUCAAUCCUCUCUAAUAACAUUAACAAGUACAGCAACAACCGACGUUCAAACUAUCCCAGUUUGAUACUUCAAGAUUUCUUGGCUAGACCCUUCAACAAUGACCCAUCACCUAGACGUCCCUCUUCUGAACCAAGUUUUCCUUCUUUGAAGUCUCCUCUUGCCACCAUGCUCAGCUUAAAUUCUGGCUCUGCUUGUUCAGAUGUUCAAUACGCGGAAAGUGGUUCAUGUCCUGCAAGACCUAACCAAAAGUUAAAUGGUCAUCACAGUUCAGGAACUUGCUCUCUUGGUUGUUCUCACAACUCUGUUCUAGAUGCUACGGGUUCUCCAACAGUGUUUCCUCCAUAUUGCAAGAAAAGGGUCUCAGAAAAAGACGAAUAUUCUGAAGAGCGGCGACAUAAGCGCAUGAUCAAGAACAGAGAGUCAGCCGCUCGGUCUAGAGCUAGAAAGCAGGCUUACACAACUGAGUUAGAACUUGAAGUAGCCCAUCUGUUGGAAGAGAAUACCAAGCUAAAAAAGCAGCAAGAGAAGUUACUGGUGACUUCUGCUCAGCUUCCAAAAAAGAGCACACUCUACAGAACCUCAACUGCUCCAUUUUGAGUAGUGAGGAUGCAGCAUUUUUGUUCUCGUUUCUUUUUGCCUUUUUUGUCAAUUUGGCUUGCAUGAUAGCUUCUCAAUUAUGAUAAAGAGGAGACAUAUUUAUC